CGUAAUCCCCUGUGACAAUAGAUCUGUAUCUGGAAAGGGAUAUUGCAAGACAUUGGUAUAGUACUGUAAUUGUUUCAAAUAACCAAAUAUAGUGGAUCUCAAUAGUGGAUCAAUAGUAGAUAAAUGGAAUAAAUAUUAAUGUAAUAAAUUUUACUCAAAAUCUAAUUCAUCUACUAAGUUUGUUGUAAAAGACGCACAUGCACGUGCUUUGAGCUUUGAUGCUUUUAAUCAGAACGUUUUGAUCCACAAACUGUUGUGAAAACAUUUCCGCCACAUGGAGCGAAUGCCAUGACGUUUCCGACUUGCUCUCGAAAACAAACUCACAAUCGCAUUCAUUCUGUACAUGUUUCGGCAUUGAAAUAUACCCAAAACACAAAACAAGGCACUGUGACGCUUCCAUUGACUUGUGCCAAGUUUAAUAUAGUUCUAUCCAAAGCUUAUAAAAGGCCUAGAUAACCACAAAUUCAAAAUUAGUUAGGUAUCUGAUACUCUACCAACCGGAUCCAUGUAGUAUUUGAGAAAUGCAAAGUGGUUUUUUAGUGCUGUUGGCUGUGGCCGCACUCACAACGGAAGCCGUUGCUUAUUCGAACAAUUCGAAUGCCAUUUACACAUGGGAGGGUGGACGCAUCGAUUGGCCAUGUCCGACGACGAAACGGCUAGUGGUAGCAGCUGGAAAGUAUACCCCACGGGAUUUGAUUGCCAUUCGCUGUCAGCGAGUCGAGGGGAAAACGCUGUGCGCCUUCCCGCGGUAUAAGAACAGUAUUCCGAUAACACUGAGUCAAAUCUACGCUACCAAGAAGGGAUGUGAUGUGAAAUUUGAACCUUUUCCGUGCUGGGCUGAACAAGAAGAAGGCAACUGCAACGCGCUCCAGUCGGUCAUAGAUAUUUUCAGUGUUGGCGAGUUUGUGUGGGUUCUGGACAGUGGAAUUAUUCAGGCACUCAAAAGUCCCAUUCAACAGUGUCCACCGAAAAUCGUGGUAUAUGGAGGAAAAGAUGGUAAAAAAUUGAAGAUGAUCAAUUUGGGCCGUUUUGUAACAGACAAAUCAAGACUUCAGUACCUACAAAUCGAGUGUUUAAAGGGUGGUCGUUGCUAUGUGUACAUAAGCGACGCGGGAAAUAAUGCGAUAAUCGUAUACGACGUAUAUGGUGGCCGUGGAUACAGAGUUGUACUUCCCAAAGCCGUGUAUCAGGGAUCUCGAGACGUUUUGUAUAUUUUUCUGUCGUUCCAUAAAGAGGGAACGAAACUUUAUUUCAGUUAUCUCAGUGGACGAAGAUUAUUUGCUAUUAGUACAGAGCAUCUUCGUAAAGGUCAUGGAGGUAGCAUAAUCGAUGUUGGCGAAAAACCUAAUAUACCUAUUUUCAUCGGAACGGACGCUGGGACUGGAGUAUUUUUCCGCGAAGAAGGCGAUUCUGACGUAUACUAUUGGAACACGAAUCACUGCUAUAAGAAGUCAAAUUUCAAAUUAGUGUACAAGAGUAAUGGCGGUUUGUACGCUACCCAUGUGUUUGCUGAUUUCAAGAUUAAUCGAUUACUAGUGUUGGAGAAUGACUUUCCUAGUUAUGUGAAAGAUCACGCCGGUUGUGGGACUUUACAUCAAAUCUCCAUCCUAGAUGGAUCGUACAAAUGUGAGGUGUGAAAAGUGUAUAUUGGUUAUGGACAGCGAAUACAAGUGAUAAUUGUAGG